AUGGAUAGCCCCACGAAACUAAACACUGAGAUUCUCGAUACCCUAGUUGACGGAAAAGACAGGACCUCUGCCAAACUCAAGGCCAUCAUCAAGCGCCCCGCGCCAAUAAUCGACACGAGCAGUAUUCACUUGUCAGAUGGUCAGUUGCGCGAUUAUAGUAUAAGUAAAUCUACCAUGAGCUUAGAGCAAGGAGGUCACUUUUUUAAACCACUUUCACAGCAAUGUUCCGAGUCCCUCGCUCGCCAUGAGGAGUUUUAUGAAGAUGCCCUCAAGAUUUACUGGAAACCAGGAAACCUUCUUGUAUCUGAGACUCCUGUUACUCCAAAAGACAAGCUCAAUGUCGGCCGGUGUUUUGCCGAUUAUGCCGCAUGGAGGACAGCACAUGUCAAUCGUUCCCUCUAUGGUGGCCAUUAUGGCAUGCCUGGACCGGGCAGAGAAUCAACCGACUGGCGCUUUGAGCUUACUCUCGAGCAGCAUAUACGAGGCACAUAUUCAAAGCCACACAUUAUCUCUUUGUCAAGGCAUGGCUUAUAUCUAGAUGAAAACAACAACUCGAAAAUUGCUUGUAACGGAAUCCUCGUGGCCGCUGAUACUAUGAGAUACAGAAUUGACUUACCAGUCUACAUCCCUAGUGAUAUAUAUCCUGCUCGCAUGAAUGAAGUUUACUUCGAGAACGACGCUCUCCAUUUCAACUAUAUUGAUCUAAACUACCUCGAAAGAUCCAAUCUUGACCUAUAUGCGCACUGGGCUUUGAGCAAUACUAUAAGUGAAACUACCAGGUAUCCAAUCAAGCCGUCAGCCGGCAUAAUUAUAAAUUACUUAAACGAGAGGGGCCGUGGAAAGAAAAGGGCGAACAGUCUCUAG